AGCAACUGUAGGAAGUGCACCACUGUGCUUCCUUUGAAGUGGUCCGAUGUGAUUUUUGAGAGCGGGAAGAAUCCUGGGUGGAAGUACAGUGAACCUAAACAGCUGGUGCUAAAUUAGUGUCUUACAGCCUACUGUCGGGACAUUUCAGACAGUACUGGUUACCAGUUUAACCAUGAUAUAUAUAUAUACCAGUAAUGAGUCAAAGUAACGGCGGAAAACUUAGCAUUAGCUGUUGCUAGGCAGUUGGUAAUAACGUUAUUUAGCUAUAUAGCUAACAAGCAGAAGGACAGAGCAGCAUGGCUUCAUCCUCAGUGGAGUACACCAUUGGAGGGGUGAAGAUCCACUUCCCCUGCAAGGCCUACCCAUCCCAGCUGGCUAUGAUGAAUUCAAUCGUACGGGGACUGAACAACGGGCAGCACUGUUUGCUUGAGAGUCCCACAGGAAGUGGAAAGAGCUUGGCUUUGCUGUGCUCGGCUCUGGCCUGGCAGAAGGCUCAGUUUGCUAAACUACAAGAAGGAGGAAGCCUUGUGGAGGACAAGUGCCAGUCAGACAAAAACUGUGGAGACUAUAAGAAGUCAGAUGUCACCACCCCCUGUCAGUGUGUGUGCCACAGCAAAGCCAGCGGGACCACAGCUACAACAGCAGCCAAACCUGUUGUGGUGGACCUCACUGUGUCACCCUGCAAAGAGACGAAGCAGCCUCUGCAUCAAGCACCUGAACAUGUGUCAUCACCAGAAGAGUCGCAGCCCAAGAAACAGUCCAUAGCCUCUCGUCUGUCUGAGAAGUUCCAGUCUUCCCUCAGCUCUGACCGGGAGAAGGACGACGACUUCCAGCCAGAUAGGAAACGCAUUCGCACUGCCGAUAACAAGAGCCGUAAAAGGCAGCGUCUGGAGCAGGGAGUGGUAUUUCUAGAUGAUGAGCUGGAAAAUGAGCCUCCGGGUCCACAGAGUUGGACCACAGAGCCAAGCCAAGCAGCUGGUCUGUCCUCAUCAUGCUGCUCCCCUGAACCCUGCUCGAGGUGCCCGUGUGCUUCAACCAAAGACGGCGUGAAGGACAAAGACAAAGGUGUCAAAAAGAAGAUUCCUAAGAUUUUCUUCGGCACUCGUACACAUAAACAGAUAACUCAGAUCGCUAAUGAGCUGAAGCGCACUGUUUACUCCGGUGUGCCCAUGACCAUCUUAUCCAGUAGAGCUCACACCUGUGUCAACCCAGAGGUGGCGCCUCACGCCAACCGCAAUGAACGCUGCAAGGAGCUUCUGGAGGGCAAAGAUGGCAAGUCAUGCCGCUUUUACCACGGUGUCCAGAGGAUGCGGGACCAGCAAACACUACAGCGGGUUCAUGGACUCCAUGACGCCUGGGACAUCGAGGACCUUGUCGCACUGGGCAAACGGAUCCGGGCAUGCUCCUACUAUGCUGCCCGGGAACUUAUGCAGGGCGCCUCCAUCAUCUUCUGUCCAUAUAACUACCUGCUGGACCCAAUGAUCAGAGAGAGUAUGGAGAUCGACCUGGAAGGCCAGAUCGUGGUGCUGGACGAGGCCCACAACAUUGAGGACUGUGCAAGGGAGAGUGCCAGCUUCACUUUGGACUACAACAGUCUGCUGAUGUCCAGGGAUGAGCUUGACGGCAUGGUCAACAGCAACAUCAGACGCUCUAAACAUGAGCUGCUCAGGGACUUCUGCUAUAGCCUGAUCAACUGGAUCCAGGAGAGCCAGUGCCUGAUGUCUGAACGGGGAUAUGAGAGCGCCAGUAAAGUCUGGAAUGGAAAGGAAAUCCUGGGUAUCUUUCACAACCUGGGCAUCACCGCUGACACCUUUAAAAAUCUGAAGCAAAACCUGGCAGCAGUGUUGGAGAAAGAAGAGCGUGUCAGUGUGAUAAAUGGUAAAGAAGAUAUGGUUCAGAUACCAACCAUCAGUACAGCUACCUCCACUGUCCUCAAAAACAUCUUCAUGGUGCUGGGCUACAUGUACUCUUCUGAGGACACCUGCAGGUAUGCUGAAGACUACCGGAUAGCUCUGCAGAAGAGCUUUGCUUGGACCAACCGGGUCCCACCCGAUGCCCCUGAUGCCCAGGGAUUUGUGGUUCGGCCACGCAACAGGCAACGCCAGAUGCAACUCCAGAGCGCCCGAGUCAAGGCCGAAGUCCUGACGCUCAGCUUCUGGUGCCUCAACCCCGCUGUGGCUUUCUCUGAUUUGAGUACGUCGGUGCACACCAUUGUGCUGACAUCAGGAACCCUGUCACCCAUGGGCUCCUUCUCCUCUGAACUCGGGGUGAAAUUUUCCAUCCAGCUAGAGGCCAACCAUGUUAUCAACAAGUCCCAGGUUUGGGUGGGCACUGUUGGUGCAGGACCACAAGGCAGAAAACUCCUUGCCACCUUCCAACACACUGAAACGUAUGCCUUCCAGGACGAGGUUGGUGCGCUGCUGCUCCAUGUCUGCCAGGUCGUGGCCAAGGGUGUGCUCUGCUUUUUACCUUCUUACAAGAUGCUGGACAAGCUGCGAGACCGAUGGAUCAACACUGGUCUCUGGGAGAAGCUAGAACGACAGAAAACUGUGAUCACAGAGCCCCGUGGUGGCGGCAAGGGGGAUUUUGACCAACUGCUUCAGACGUACUAUGAUGCCAUCAAGUACUGUGAGGGAGAAAGAGAUGGUGCACUGCUGAUCGCUGUCUGUAGGGGUAAAGUGAGUGAAGGACUAGACUUCACCGAUGACAAUGCCAGGGCAGUGGUCACCAUUGGAAUUCCCUUCCCAAACUUCAAAGACCUCCAAGUGGAACUGAAGAUGAAGUACAAUGACCAACACUGCAAAUCCAGAGGUCUUCUCCCAGGCCAGCGUUGGUACGAGAUUCAGGCCUACAGAGCCCUAAACCAGGCCCUGGGAAGGUGUAUCCGCCACAAGAAUGACUGGGGUGCCCUAAUUCUAGUGGAUGACCGUUUCAGGAAUAAUCCCAAUAAGUACAUCACAGGUUUGUCUAAAUGGGUCCGCCAGCUCGUCCAGCAUCAUGACACCUUCGGCAAUGCCAUGCAGUCUCUGGCUGCGUUCUCUCAGGUGCAACAGAAGGUGGAGGUGGCUCCUGUAGACAGUCAGACCCUCAACUCUACUGUCUCAUCUCCAAACAGUCACUUGUCAGUAACUGUAGAGGGACAGGGUCUGCCUCAGACACCCCGCUCAGGGGUCAAACUGCCUGAAUCCCAGCAGGACACAAGCCCCUCCACCACCUAUUCUUUUUCACGUACACAGUUGAAAGCUGUACAAAGUGAGAAAACAGAAUGGUCGAAUACGAUGUACAGUCCCCCGGCACCAGCAGAGCCCCUAUCGCACCAAAAAAGAACAGCUCAGCCUCUGUACCACAUGUUCAACUACAGCCCCAUCAGCAACCGCUUCAAGAAGCCAAUCUUUAAAGAAAAAGUGCCCAGUAAUUCCAGCCAGCAUUUGGAAACAUCUAACCAUUCGGAGCACGAGGAGACACGGCAGAUCUCCGCUCCACAAACAAAGACUGAGACAACUUGUGUUAAAGAACGCGCUGGAGACAGUUCCAGUGAAACCAAAGUGGAUCCGGCUGUGGAGCCUUCUCCAGUAACAACCCCUCCCAGCUGCGAAAGUGAACUGCCCUCAGCGGACAAUCCAGGCGAAGAUGAAAAAGAGGAGGAGGAGGAGGAGGACGAGGACCAAACUAUCUUCUAUACUCCAGAACUUUUCGAUGGUGAAGGCAACGAAGGCAGCCCACAGAAAGAGACCGAGACCAAGUCACUUCCCGGUAUGGUUGUGGGGACCGAGAGCCCCGUCCUGCUGUCAGAAGGACUUUUUGGCUCUGAGCAGGCCCAAGGGCAAGCUUCUGCUUUUGAUGGACAGAGUGCUAUUUCAGUCAGUAAAGAGAGCGCAGAGCUGUCACAGGGUCAGGAAGAAGAAAUCAUAGGGCAGAAGCAAGGUGAGGAGGGAGAGCAGGUGGAUAACAAGAGCAGGCAGACAGGCAGUAGGCUUCGCAGGGUGUCCAGGUCCAGACAGCAAGCUCCCUCCACUCUAACAGAUUAUGGGUGGGGAACGUGGAUGGUUAGACAUGCCUGAUUUAACCUAAAGAAGAGACCUUUAUUUUUUUUUUUCAAUUCCAAUUAUAAAAUAAAUAAUAUGUGCUGUGAACUCAAGUGGUGUGGACACACAUUCGUUUUACGUUCAGUACAAGCAUUAAUAUACAUUCUAUUAAGUCAUAAUAAAAUGAAAUGUUAGCAUUUCAUUCUCAUCCUUUCUCCUGUUGCAGUGUUUUUUUUUUUAUUUCUGUAAUCAUAUAGAUAUAUAGACAAUUUCAGUGGUGAAAGUACAGAACAAAAGUACUCCUAAUGCAGACUGGCCCCCGUCAGUGUUGUAUUAUUCUAUUAUAUGUCAGAGAGAGGUACUUUACUGUUGUAGCUGGUGGUUGUUGAGAUCAUUUUAAGUACUUUAUAUACUGUUGUGUAGUUUAAUCUAAAACAAUCACAACAUAACAUCAUAUUUUCUAAACUGAUCAUCUGUUUGAAAUCUUAAUCCGAAUAUUAACUAGUAACUACAACUGUCAAAUAAAUGAGGACUAAAUUAUACAAUAUUUCCCUCUCAAAUGUCUUAGAAUUAAAGUACAAGUAGCAUAAAAUUGAAAUACUGGAGUAAAGUACAAGUACAUCAAAACUGUAUAGUUUCGAAACAAUACUUGAGUACGUUCACCACCUCCCAAUUAGACUGUGCUGCACAUUAAAGACAAAAUGUUAUAUUAUAUUCUAAUAUUGUGUCCAUUAUUUAUAUCAAUGAGGUUAGAGUAGAAUAGUAGAAACACCUCUCAGUAUAACAACACAAUACAAUUCAACAACCGCACAAACUACAGCCUAAAAAAUGAUACUAAAGUUGAGCCAAUUUCAACAAAACUAAACAUUAUAACGAUGAACAUUAUAAUGAAGUUAUGGUUUAUUGCAGGACUGUAGUAUUAGACUGCACUUUUUUAGCUAGCUAGACUAGCUAGACUAAUUUGGCUACUGGGUGUCUCUACCACUACUGCAGUAUAUGUUAAAAUAUGUUCACCAAAAAAAUAACUGGCAUAUAAUUCAUCUAAAUUCAUAUACUAUUCAUUUAUGAAUGAAUCAUUUGUUUAAUAUUUGUAUAACUCAUUGACAUUUAGACCUUAACCUCUUUUUUAUGUUUUAUUCUUGGAGGUAAACAGUGAUUAUUUGUGAUCUACAUAUGUGUAAUCAGCACUUUAAUGGCCAUAUGUGAUUGUUUGAGUCUGAGGAGCUGAGGUAAUUUAAUCGAGCCAAUGCUAAAUGCAAAAUCAUCAAACGGUCUGAGUUGAAGGGAGACCAAAAAUAAAUGAGAUUAAACAUGA